ACAUAGUUAUAAACCAAUAUUACUUCAAUAAGGAAAAAAAAGAAUUUGUGAGAAAACUUCUGUGUACUUUUAUUGAAAGCCCAACCCGGCAUGUUAAGAUCAACCCUGUCUUCAUCUUCAUCUUGGAGCUUCUCCCCCUUUAGGGACUGGGGUCUUGGCAGAAGCAGGCUGGGACCUGCUGAGCCUGCCAGGGUAUCUCCAAGAAAACCUUAGCUAUUCUAGGCAGAGGAACCUCAAAUCCAAGUCAGCAGAUCAGUUGCAAGAAAGGAGUUGAGUGGAAGUCUCUCUGUUUGCCAAGGGAGCCUGUUCCAGGUUUGAAGUGGGGAGAGGAGCAGAGGGUACUCAGAGGAAGCAGGCUUGAGGCAGACACAGUCGGCUAAGGCGGGGUAGUUCCUUCCAGAUCCUAGUCCUUCAGAUGGAUAGAACGUGGUCAGAGAUCAGCUUCUCACAUAAGUAGCAGGAAACAUGCUCUCAAGACUAACUAGACUCAAAACUUCAGAGUUGAAAAGGGGUGUUUCAACCCUCAGCUAUGAGCAGCUAGCCAGGACCUAAGAGUUUCCGUGUUUCUAGGCAGCAGGCCCCUGGGUUCCCAGCAUCACUGAACCUACUUAGGUCCUGGUUACUUAGGUACUACUUAGUACUUAGGUGCUUAGCACCUUCUAAUAGGUACUCCCUGGGAGCACAGCCGUGGACCGCGAUCUACAGGGAAGGCACAGCCACACCUAUAAUCUCCCUGGAUCCCCACAACCAGAUGUCUGGUGCCAACAGAGGAUGCCUUUAGAGCAUUUGACAGCAGAGGAAGCAGACACUCACGGUGACUAAUGCCACACCCAGGGCCACAUAGCUACUAACGGCUUAGACAAAUGCCUGAGCAUCCAGAUCCCGGAUGCCGUUCACCAGACGCUGCUACACUCCGUCUCUUUUCUGAGGGAUCCCCAAGGGAAAGAUGAAAAACAAGUGCUCUGCUCCUCGUGUGAGCACCAGGACAUGGUGCCCAGUCUUCCCUGUAGAACCAGGGCCACGUUCAGUUGAAGGCAGGUCAGUGACAACCACACGCAGACGAUGGUGCUCAGUGAGCCCCUCCUUCUUCUGCAGUCACCCUCACCCCUUGUCUGUUCCCACUCUGGCCUAGGCGCCUGGAAGAGCCCCGGCCCGCAGCCCGUGAUCUGCCUUCGGGAGAGCAGCACUUUCUUUUCUCUGCAGCUUCAGAAACAACCGGUCCAGCUCAACAACCAGAGGUGGAGUCCCCAGAUGCCCCAACACUUCCAUCUGCCUGGGCUGCUGGGAAGGGAAGGUUGCUCUCAGAGGCGCUGAAGACCAUACUCCAGGAGGCGCUGGCACAUUCUGUGGUGUGACCAAGCGUCGGCUCCCUUUGUCGUGUGAGGGGGACUGGCUCACACGGCAGAUACUGCGGCCUCUCUUGCAAGACCCUCUGAGGAAGCCAGGAAGAGAUGCCCAAGUCAGGGAGGGAGGAGACCCCAUGGAGCAAGGACCCCUCACGGCUGAGGAAUUUAUUAGAAACAAAGAGCUUGAACUUGGAAAGGGCCUUGAACAUUGCAGGGUUCAGUCCAGGAAACUGGCUGAGGAGCCUUGGAGCAAGAGACCGAAACCAGCCAAGUUGGGGACGGAAGAGAAGGAAAGGGCUGAAGAGUGAACAGAAAGACAAAGAACAGGCAGUUCCAGAGAGCCAAGAACGCAAAUCACUUGCAGACGCCGGUGCGAUGCUCCGCCAAGACUCCUGUGGGAGUGCCUGUCACUGUGGGCUCAGGCACGUCUGCACGUCACAGUGAGUGUGAGCCUGUGUGUGUAAACGUCCCCGAUGAAUCAUCCCAUGUGUGUAAUGAUCCUGUCGGCUCAUGAAUCAUUCAGUGUGUGUCAGAGCCAGGGGGCGUGUGUGUGUGUGUGUGUGUGUGUGUGUGUGUGUGUGUGUGUUCGUUCCAGUGCACAAGUCCGUGAGGCUGCCCGGGCCGGAGUGACACUGGAAUGUGAAUGAAAGCCAGACAACGCAGCGGAGGGCAGAGCACUCCUGGGGUGAAGCUGUGUUUAAAGGGCACCACGCUUCAUUCACACCGUACAUCACACACCACAUUUCUGAACCCAGUCCAGAGAAAGCCAUCUGUCCCUCCUUCCUGCCGAAACAGCCCCAUGGAGGUGCGGUGUUAAAUUCUUCAGGCUUGCGGAGUUGUUUUCAGAGUUAGAGAUGGCCACAGUCUCAGAAUCCUAAAUCUCAACUCCUUCGUUUUACAGAGAGAGGGACUGUGGCAGAGAAAGCCGACACUGUGAUCCCAGAGUCGCAAAGCUGCCUCGUAGCAGAGCCAGGUGCCACUGGAGUGUCCUGACCGCCCCCCACCCCAUUUCCCCCCUCAGUCCUCAGUCUACCCACACAGAGUGGGUCCUUCUUCCUCGGGGAUAAGAUCACUUCUUUUUACUAAAAUGCACUCAGACUCUCUCAUGGAAUGAAACAUGUCAUAUCCUAAAGGCUGGAGUCGAUGAAUAACCUCAAAGGCAAAGCUGGGACAUCCCGGCCAGCUAGCCAUGGACUCUGAGUCAUUCGACCUCUUCUCCUAGUCAGGAGGAGCCCUCUGGGAGAGCCAUUCUGGGGCUUCUGUGUCCAUAACCGGCCAGGUCCUUUGGCAGACUUGACGCUGUGUGAUUCAGAAGUUGCUUGUGAGGCAUCUAUGAAUGUCUUGCUCAAGAGUCCUGAUUCUUUCUCCUUUCACCUUUCUGGUGGCCGUUUCACUGCUCAAUCUCGCUUACCCCACAAAAAUAAACACUGUAGGCGAUUUAUUUUAGCAGUGCUGAGGAAGAGUUUGGUAGGUAAAGAGCCUGAAUCUAUUAACUAUUAAGAUAAGGUUUGGGAUUAUCUAUGAGUUUCAACUAUCCAUUCCAUUCAUUCUUCUCAGAUGGCUCAGAGUUGACCUGAACUUCAAAGGGAUCACUUCAGCCACUGGAUUUAUUGUUCUUAUUUCAUAUUAAUUAAGUGCUUAUUAUGUACACAGCACUGCUGAGGCCAUUCAGUAGGCACAUUCUCUGUCCUGCGUCUCUGGAGAACAGAGAUUGAUCAUCUCAUUUAUCCAGACUUCAAAGCCCUUUAACUCCAAUAGCAUCUUGUCACUGACUGUGGAGGCGGCUGGGAUGCUGAGGGCACAGCAGAGUGGAAUGAAUGAAAGGGACAGAGAAACCACUGCUCCAGGUGGCAUCUGGAGUGAAGCUGGUCUUACAUCUGGGUCCAGGUUCUGCAUUCCCAGAAUGGUAUCUUCCAAACAGGGCUCUGCUACACACAUGUCUUGGGAAAGGGAAUUAGGAUGUCUUCUUGUGUGGUGGAUGGACUGACAGACCAAGCAAAUUUUGAUACAGUAGUGUCCCUCGCAGGCAGCACAUGGGCCAAAGGAGAAUAACCAAAUGUUUCUCUGAGUAUAAAUAAAUAUAUUUCGCAUUUAUUUCAGCAUUAUAUGUAAUAGCAAAAAGCUGUAAACAACCUUAAAAAUCCAUUAAUAGGAGAUUAGUGAAAUAAAUCAUGGUACAUCCAUACAAUGGAAAACAAUGCAGCUGUGAAGACUGAGUUAUAUUUACAUACAUUGACCUGAAAACAGAUCUAUGAUUAUUAGUUUAAGAAAAAGUGUUACAGAAUAUGAUCUUAUUUUGUAUUAAAAAAUUAAAAGAGGUAGCCUAUAAGUAGAUAUAUAUGUUUAUAUAUGUUUGUAUAUGUAAAAAAAAAGUGAGGAAAAUCUGUACAUGUGGAAAACUAUAUACAGUGAUGCGCCACUUAACAAGAGGGACACGUUCUGAGAAAUGCGUCAUUAGACGUCUUCAUCAUUGGGCGAACAUUAUGGACUGUACUUCCACAAACCUAGAUGGUCUAGCCUACUGCACACCGAGACUAUACGGUACUAAUCUCAUGGGACCACCGUUGUGUAUGCAGUCCGUCACUGACCAAAACGUUGUUAUGUGGCACAUGACUCUAUUUAGAAAAAAAUCUGGAAGGAUGUACAUGAAUCUGGUUACAUUGUUUACUUCAGAGGGUGCGGUUAGAAUGGGUAAGAAAAUUAAUUUUUUAUAUAGUCUGAAUUAUUUGACUUAUAAGAUGAAUUAAUUUCAUAACUUUAAUAAAGAAGAAUAAAAUGUAUUGCAAAAAUAAAGAGAAUACAAACAGGCUUGUAGGUGCCUACUGGCCACACUCAACCUUGGAGCUUGCCUCCAUGUGAAAUACCUCACUUAUUAUGACAUUUGGAGAGCUGGCAGCCAUCACUUGAGAAAACAUGGCACAUUUGGCCUCUGCUGCAGCAUCACGGAACAAAACAAGGACUUGGGCUGUCAGCUCAAAAGAAAAAUACUGAUUUGCAUAAACAUGUGUGACAUAAAUUUACUCAAUGACUUUGAGACAUUUCACUCUAAACAGAUAAAAUUAAUUAAAAUUAGUGCAAGUUUCUGGCACCUGUACUCCAAUUCUCCAUUAUUUAUCCAGGGCAUUGAAAAUUGGAAUAUGUCACAGAUUCUUAAAUCUCAUCCUGAACCAGGAGGAGGAAAGGGGAGGGAGAGACGGUUGGCCGUGUGUGCCAGACACUGGGCUGGGCCCUGCACCUAUAUCACGCCUUUUGGUCCGUAGAAUAAUCCAGCAAGGCAGGAGGAAAGGGGACAGACAUGCAUGCAGGUGUGCACACACAUGUGUUCAAGAAUGCACUAGAAACUACAGAACAAGGCAAGAGGAGGAGGCCAACCAAGGGAGAGCCUGAGCCUCAGGGAAGCAAAACCCCUUUGGCCUCACAGUGGGCACCAGGCAGGCUGCUCAUGAGGCCAAAAGGGCAGUAAUUCUGGGGGUCCCUUGAACACGGUGGCCAGGAGACUGGCUACCUUGACCUUCCCUCAGUCCACUUGAUCCCCCUUGACGGUCUGAACCUCUGGGGGAUGGGGCCCAAGCUUGAAAGGAAGUUGUAUUAGUCAGGACUCUUUUCAUAGCAAGUGACUAAAACCUAACUCAAACCAGCUUAGGUAAAACAUUGAAUUAUUUGGCUCUCAUAACUAAAAAUGUCCAUGAGUAGAUGGCUCAGUGGGAUCAGGAUUCAACUCAUGUCGAU